AUGGAAAAAUAUGAGAAGGUUAAGCAGAUAGGCAGAGGGACAUUCGGAGAUGUACUCUUAGUAAAGAAGAAAGAUGAUGAACAAUUAUAUGCCAUGAAGAGAGUCCCAUUUGAACUGGAAUAACAGGAAAAGAAAGAAAUCAAUAACGAAAUUGCUGUACUCAAGACUUUGAAUCAUCCUAACGUCGUAAAGUACUACGAAUCAUUCCUUAACAAGAAUAAGCUAUGCAUUGUCAUGGAUUUUGCUGAAAAUGAAAAAAAUAAAAGAGGCUAAAACACAAUAAAAGCACUUCCCGAGACAGCAAGUAAAAUAUUUAGAGUUUACUUAUUCAGGUCAUUAAUUUGUAUGGGCCAAAAGUAUGAUUAUAAAUCUGAUACUUGGAUGCUUGGCUGUAUUCUUUAUGAGCUUUGUACAUUAAGAAGACCCUUUGAGGGCGACAACCUAAAUCAAGUCAUAAACAAAAUUAUAUAUUAACCAUAUAUCGAACUCAACAAAGACUAUGAACCGAUAUUUCAUAAAUUACUUGAUAUGCUUCUCUAGAAAAAUACAAUUUUAAGAGCUUCAAUUGAUGAAGUUCUCAGCUUACCUUAGAUUUAGCAUUAAGUUCAAAAAAUCCACGCCGACAAUCCAAAUUAGUAUUAAGAAUAAGUUUCCAAAUCUUUGAAAUAAGAUAAGAAUCAAAAGCCCUCAGGAUCACCAAAGGAAUGCAGCUUUACAUUUGUUGGAAAUCUGAUUGACUCUGUGCAUGUUUAGAACUAAGUCAAGACUGAGUAAGAUUGCAAUAACGUUGAUGAUGUUGACUUGCUUUUUGGAUAUGGAAAUAGCAAGAAUUUGUAACGAUUAAUGAGUCCAUAGAAGGAAGCAUCUAAUCAAAACCGAUUUGAGAGAUUCAAUCAUUAAUAAAACAAAUCUGUAAUAGGCAGACCUUCUAAAUAAUUAACUGCUGGAAGUGAUGAUAAUUUAUAUGGACAUAGUGGAUAAAAUAAACUAACAGAAUCAAAUAAAGUGAAUAAUAAACCUGAACCGAAAACCCCAGAGUUGAAUAGGAAUAGCGGAGGGUAAGGAGCAGCUGGUAAAAUAAAAUAGAAUAGCAUUUACUAUCUUAUUUAAUAGGCUAAAAAAGUAAGCUCACCAAAUUAAUCUAAUGUUGUAACAACAUAAGAAGAAGAUACUUAGUAAAGUUUGUCUCCCUUACCCUUUGGCUAGAAAAACUCAUCUAAUUUAAAAGUUAAAGAAAAUGUAGAUGAUGCUGAUGAGGAAUUGGGUGAUGAAGAGGAAAGAAAAGGAAGAAGAGAGAUAAUUCCAUCAGUAUUCUCAAAUAGCAGGAAUCUGCACGAUAAAGCAAUGUUGAGUUAUAAUCAGCUCAUAAAAAAUUCUAAGGUUCAAUUGAAUGGUCAAAUCUAAUACUAAUAGGUGCAGCAAUAAAAUCUUACUAUGAGUCAUUAAUCUUCAAGCAAUUCACAGUUAAACAAUUCUAACAUAUCUUCUUCCUAACAAAAGUAGCCAAAUAAUGGGAAAAUAUCUUAAAGCAGAGAGCAAUUUUAAUAGAUAUUUGGUUCUAGGAGCUUUCAUCAAAGCUCUAACUCUUAAUCAUAGAUAAAGCUUAGACAGUAAGCACAAUAGUAAACCAAUCAAACUGCAUAGUUAAUAAGCACUGAAUCACAGAAAAAGUCUAGUAAUAUUUAGAAUGAUAUAAAGAACAAGUCAUAGUAAAGUAAUAAUUAUGAAAACUUGAGUGUUAGUUCUCUUUAGGACUUCAAACAGCGAGGGCUUAUGAAAAAUUUAAAGUCAAUCGCAGCAAGAUAAUUCCCUGACAAUUAAUACACUGAGCAGCAUCAAAGUAAGAUGCAUUAAUAGCAGCAUAAUCUGUAGCAAUAAUAAAAUCAAAACCAAGGUUUCUAAUAAGAUGAGAUAGUCUUAGGCAUGAAUGGAUAGGACUUGGAAUCUUAAGUGCUUAGAAAGCCAAUUCAGAUUAACACGAACCUUGAGCCCUCAAACAAUAAAUUCAUGAUGGCUAAAAAGUAGCAAUAACUUAUGCUAUAUAAGAAGAGGUCUUACAACGAUAGGUCUGCUAAGAAUAGUAACUCCUUUUGUUAAACAAAUAGUGGUAAUCAAACCAACUUACCUACUAGCACAAACUCUAAUAAUAAUCAGACUGCAAAUACUACUGCUAGCCCAUUUAAUAACACUAAUUGUAAGAAGCAAGCAAAAACCCCUUAAGACUAAAUAGUAAGUGACUCGAGCAAUAGCCAAAAGGGCAAACAUUUUUUAUUCUCUGAGAAUCUAUUAUUCAAUCCUGAAUUACCCAUUUCCCCAAACAGGCCACUAUUGUUCUCAAAUUUCUUGAAACAAAAGAUAGGAGAGGAUAAAUUUGAAUAAGUUCUUAAGAUACUUGAAAACUCAGAUAAUCCAAUUAAACUACUUGAGGAAGACUAAGGUAUUAUCUUAGAAAUCAUUGGAGAAAACAAUAUUGAUUGCCUAAAGGUAUUUAAAUACAUAGUAAGCAGCUGUAAUUCCACCCCUAACAAUGCAGGAGCAAUGAACUCAUCACAAAAAUAGCAUCUUACUCCCUCAACAUAGUAUUCAAAUAAUUUAGCGGACUCUGUGAUUAACUAUAAUAACUCAAUUGAAAAGAAUCCGAUGCAUAAUCCCAGCCACCACUAUACAAACUCACUAGGAAAUGAAAGUGGCUAUCAUUUUAGUUAGUAGGUGUCAAAGAGAAAUAGCGACAACUUGAACAACAAUCUCUCUUCAAAUAAUAGUAGUAACAACACUUAGAAUGCGAAUCAGUACGGCUAGAUUUCAGCACAUCAGUAACAGCACACUAAUUAACAACAAUUCUAGCCUAAGUCUGUGACUCAGAUUAAUCAGCAACUAAUGCAACAACACUGGAGAACUAAAAGUAUGUAGAACCCAUCUGAGAGUAUGUCUUUCCAUAUAAGGAUGGAAGGGAAAUAAGCUUAGAAAAACGGAUAGCAUAGUAAUUAUACUGGCAGCAACAACAACUCCGCUAACUAUAAAAAUGGAUCUAACAACUACGAAUAAUAAAACUAAUAUAGCUAUUAUCAAUGA